CAGUUUAAUGAUGAAGAUUUUAUUAAAGCAGCAACAGAGGUAGAGCAGAUAAAAAAUGAAAUCGUAAUACUACCUUUAACCAGAAAAGAGCAGUUAGAAAUUUUGUGUAGAACUUUAAGAAUUGUUGAUGAAAGGAUUGAUGAUAUUGGAGUAAUAAUGAAGUUUUUGCAUAAGCUACAGUUACGUAUUCAUAAAAAGGUUCAAAAAGAAGAAGCUGAAAAACAAGUCUAA